GUGUCAGUUCGGCCGCCGCCGGCUUCAGAGGAGCACGCUUCAGUCUCAGCUGCAGGAAGGGAGGAGGUUGCCAUGGCGUCAGCCAAUGAGAGCGCUGAGCCCGGCGAUCAGACGGUACCUGAGGAGGAGGACGAGGAGAAGAGCGUCCGAGGAGUCCAGGCCCAUUACCUCCGCUGUCCCUCCCCCAGUUUCUCCAUGGCGUCAGAGUCCAGGUUUUCCAUGAUCUCUGGAUCUGACGCUGCCAGCAUCUUCAUGGAGCCCAUCCACCUCUCAUCCGCCAUCGCCGCCAAGAAGAUCAUCAACGAGGAGCUGCCGCCUCGUGGUGUUCGCACCGAGUCCAUCCCCGAGUCCAUGCUGGAAACGGCCGAACAGCUGAUGGUGGAGGACCUUUACAACCGCGUCAGGGACAUGAUCGACGACCGCAGCCCCUACAACACACCCUGCGUGCUGGACAUCCAGAGGGCCAUGGUGCAGGACCGCCUGGAGGCUCCCAUCAACCCCGUGGACGAGGUGUGGCCCAACAUCUACAUCGCCGAGAAGUCUGUUGCGGUUAACAAGGCCCGUCUGAAGCGAAUGGGCAUCACACACAUCCUGAACACGGCUCACGGCACCGGAGUCUACACCAGCCAGUCCUUCUACGCCGGCAUGAACAUCCAGUACUUGGGCAUCGAGGUGGACGACUUCCCCUACGUCGACAUCUCGACGCACUUCAGACCCACCGCCGAAUUCCUGGACGAGGCUCUGCUGACUCACAAAGGGAAGGUUCUUGUGGUUUCCAUGAUGGGCGUGAGUCGCUCUGCCGUCCUGGUGGCGUCAUACCUGAUGAUCUUCCAGCACAUGACCAUCAUGGAGGCCCUGACGUCCAUGAGGAAAAAACGCGCCAUCAACCCCAACGAGGGCUUCCUGAAGCAGCUGCGAGAGCUCAACGAGAACCUGAUGGAGGAGCGCGACGACGACGACGAAACGCUCAGCCAGUGCUCCGUGAUCGACGCCCGCACCCGCGCUCGCAUCUUCGGCGAAGGCGGAGACUAUGACGACGAUGACGACGAUACGGACAAAGAGGACGAGCAGAGCAUGAUCGAGGUGAAAGCAAACUCCAUCAUGAUGGAGGAGGAGGAGGAUGGAGAAAGUGUGAUGAGCAGUGUCGCCUCCUCUGCUGCUGCAGCGCUGAGGAAUGGGCUGACCAGAGUUCAGAACGGGCCGGACAGCCAGACUGGUGGUCAGGAGGAGCUGGUUCUGCCUGAGGAGGGCGACGAGGAGGGCGACGAUGAGGACGGUCUCGACACCAUGAUCCGCGAGUGGCAGCGGAGAAACGAGAAAUACCAGAACGACGAGUGGUGGGAGGCGCAGCUCAACAGCGACGCAGAGGACGGGGAAUCUCUUGCAGGAGGUCGUCUGAAGAAGACAAAAGAAGGUGUCGACGGCGACGUGGAAAGCGUAACCAGUGAGGAUGUACGAGCUGUGAAAGAGCGAUUGAAGCGUCGCAACAGGCGUCCACCCUCAGAUGCCAUGUCCACCUCCAGCUGCACAAGCUACUCUGAUCUUUGGAAGCAGCGGUUGAGGGAGAUCGAAGAGCAAGCUGCUGCUCGCUACCACAAAAAAGAAGACGAUGAAGGCAGUGAGAGCACCGCAACAGAAGGCGAAUCAGGAAAGAAGAAGAUCGACGAUGAAGUGGAAAGCAUCAUCUCAGACUCCAGCUCCAUGUACAACUUUUGCCAGAAAAAUAAGGAGAAGAUGACGCCUUUGGAGCGCUGGCGCGUCAAGAGGAUCCAGUUCGGCUGGAACAAGAAAGAUCGUGAGGAUGGAGAGAAAAGUUCUAUCGGCGACGGAGAGAAAGGUGACGGCGAGGGAGAAGCCAAGGCGCCGUCCUUCCAAGAUGUCAACCUGACAGCAUAUCAGGCGUGGAAGCUGAGGCAGCAGAAGCGUCUUGGGGAGGAGAACACGGAUGAGAUUUUGGAAAUGAGCCGUGGUGAGGACUCUGCAACCAUCAAAAGGAGGCAAAGACGCGAGGAGCUUCUGGAGCGUUCGAGGAAGACUUUAGAAGAAAGUCAGUCGAUGUGCGGCUGGGAAACCGAGAGCUGCGUUAGCGGUGGAACGAUACCUCUGUCGGCCUUCUGGGCAGGAGCUGGCGUCACGGGGCCGCCGAGCGUGGCCAACGAUGACAACAUGUCCAUGCUCAGCGGUAGGUCUUCUGUCAUAUCUUCAGUUUCACAACCUCGCAGCACAAGAUCCUCACAGUCUGCAGGCCUGAUCAAUCCUGUGCCACCAGUUCCUCCCAUCCUCCCAGUUCCGACUGUACAAGGCCCCGGAGGCGAACCAAUGGUCAAUCUGUCCAGCAUCCAAAACUGGAUCGCCAACGUCGUGUCUGAAACGAUCAAACAGAAGCAGAGUGAAAUGAGCCUGCCUCCUCCUUCACGUGCUGGUUCUGAACUGAGCUUUGGUGGUGCAUCAAGCGUGAUCUCGGGUCGCGGUGGAGACGAUGACAAAGCGUCCUUGCUGAGCGGUGCUUCCUACUCCAGCGCCCUGUCCCAGGGUCGCGGCAGGGCAGCGUCGGUCCUCUCGGCCGGUGGGUCAAGCAGCGUAUCAGGUCUCAGUGGUCGAGGCUCGGCCCUUGGCUCCACCCUCGGCUCCAAUCUCGGCUCUACCUUGGGCUCCAAGAAAAACAAGAUCACCACCACCAGCGUGCCUCUCUUCAGCCUCUUCCAGGACCAGGUCAACCUGGGCAAACUAGAUGCCAUGGACAAGGAGAUUAAAUCUGAGAUGAGGGGCAAGAUGGCUACCUACGAAAAGAAGAAGAUCCUGGAGGAUAACAAGCGCAGCACUCUGUACAAGAAAAAGAAACCAAAGGAAGACGAAGACGAGGAGGAGGAAAGAAAGAAGAGAGAGGAGGAGUUUCUUGAAGAGGCAAAGAAAAAGGAGAAACCCAAGAGGACUUACGGCCUCUCCGGGUGCCUCAAUCUGAACCCAGAGCUGGAAAAGGAGAAAAACACGAGCAUCGACGACUGGCUGCAAAGUGUCAGGCCUCCUCCGAGAAAACCCGCCUCAGGAGCAGAAGCUGGUCCUACAGAGGAUCCAUACGAUGAUCUCGAUGCCUCUGCUUCAGAAUUUGAUUUCUCGAGCCGCAGGGCCUCCUAUGCUGCAGAAGACGACGAGGAAACCGCAUACGGCGUUACCUCAAGAUACAGAUCAAGGCUUCACGAAGAUCUAUCAGGUGAAGACGCUGAAUAUUCCUGCAACGGGUUCGCUCAGUCCCAGAGCUACAGCCGCGCAGGAAGGUCGUACGCCGCUUACGACGAGAGCGACGAGGGAACCGAGAGCUACAGCGACUACUCCACCAAGAGAAAGUUCGCUCAUCAGUCACGAUAUGAAAGCAGCGACACAGAAGGCAGGAGGAGCAGGAGGGAGGAAGCUGACGGUGAAGACAAGGAGGACGACAUCGCGACCUUCAUUGCCCAAACCAGGCAGAGGAUCAGAGCUCGAGCUGCAGCCGAGGCUGAAGACGACGAGGUCCUCGCUGCCUGGAGGGCGCAGCAGGAAGCAAAGUCACAAAGUAGAGGUGAAUCGUAGGAAAACAAUGACGAUACUCUGGAAAUUAGAGCUGCAGUAAGUGUCUGUGCUGCUGCUAGUUUAAAUAAAACUCUUUUUGUGUUUCUCAAGAAAGCUAAAACAUGAAAUAUUAUCUGAGGAUCAUUGUGACAUGAACUAAGAGCUCUUUGUUCUGCACUGGUGUUUAAAAAAAACCGCUAUAAUAAGCCCUGUUGUGAGUCGUAUUCACACUCAUAGCUAAGAUAUGCACUUUCACCUUCUCAUCAAGCACCAAAACUUUACACAAAAUAACAUUUGGAGCUCAUUUUUAUCAAUAAUCACUAUUAAUAUACAUACGUUAUCCUUCAAUUAAGAUUUUAUUUGCACCAUUUUUUAAUGUAAAAAUGAUCUUGAAUUUAUUUAGUGCAUAAAAAUUCUUCAGAAAAUUCUUUCAGAUUUGUACUGAUACAAAAUUUUAUUGUUGUAAUAAAUUCAGAAAAACAUCAA